AUGAGAAAUAAAAACAGGGCCUACCUCGUGCGACCUUCUCAGUCGGCCUCACGGCCGGUGCAGGCGCGGCCAUUUGCAGUCAGCCCCGAGGCUGGCGCGCGUCGGAGGGACCGCGGUGCCUCAAGGGCGUGGAAGGCGCCCAGUGGAGGGCGCGUCCUCGGGCGACUAGAAGAGGCCGAGGCCAAGAGCCCGCGCGAGGAAGAUCGGUUCGUGAAACGCAAGAAAAAGGCGGCAGCAGCUGCGGGAGGGAAAAAGGGGUCCAAGUACAGCAAGGACUACACCGAGGGCUGGGUGGAGUUUCGGGACAAGCGUGUAGCGAAGCGCGUGGCGGCCAGUCUCCACAACACGCCGAUGGGUGCCCGUAGGCGCAGCCCCUUCCGUUACGACUUGUGGAACCUCAAGUACCUGCACCGUUUCACCUGGUCCCACCUCAGCGAGCAUCUUGCCUUUGAGCGCCAGGUGCGCCGGCAGCGCCUGAGAGCGGAGGUUGCCCAGGCCAAACGUGAAACUGACUUCUAUCUUCGAAGUGUUGAGCGGGGACAACGCUUCCUUGCUGCUGAUGGAGACCCUGCUCGUCCGAAUGGCUCCUGGGCUUUUGCCCAGCGGCCCACUGAGCAGGAGCUGAGGGCCCGGAAAGCAGCUCGACCAGGUGGACGUGAACGGACUCGCUUGGCUAACGCCCAGGACCAGGCCCGCUCCAACCGAGGGCUCCUUGCCAGGAUCUUUGGAGCUCCACCACCCUCAGAGAACAUGGAGGGACCUUCGCAGGGCAGGGACUCUUGAGGAGCAGGGGGGACCCUUCCACUUUCUGGUCCUGCCUUGCUUUCUGUCUACCUCAUACGAGAGUGAUGAUGACUACCCAGGCAGACAUUUUAUCGUGUUUCUCAAACCUGGUGUCUCUGGUGAGGGCCCAGACCUGGAAAUUUUGUGGGCCUCCCUACUUCCCCCACCCAACUCCUGUACAUGCCUGGCUGAGGUACCUAAUUCAUACUAGAAUGAUUAUGACUGUUGCAGAUGUGUGAAUUGUGUUGUUUGACUCUUGGCUACCUGCCUUCUAUCCAGUGGGGUCCCCUAAAAAUUCUACUUUAUUGCGCCAGGAAGAGCCUUUAUUUUUAACUAGAGUGAUAGUGGUUUGUCCAGGCAAUCUUUUUCUGUUUAUCAACUACAGGUAAGGGAAGCAGCAGCAUCCUUUUUAUUUACAAAAAGUUAACAGGUAUAGGAGUUAAUGGGGUGGGACUGGAUUGGGGACCACCUUCUAAAUAUAUUUAUAGAAAAGAAUAAAUAUAUUUUAAUAUGCUUUUUUAGUUUCAGGGGAGGGGAGCUCAUUGGGCAAGUUCCAUCUUUGAUCUCCUUGUGCCCCAUUCAUUCACCUUCACUCCGUCUUCUGGUCUCAGAGCCCCCCUUUCAAGUUGGACUUUUUUUUCUCUCUGUUUAAUUUCUUAGCGCAGUUCAUCAGUCAUUUGUCUAAUUCAGCAUUUACUAAGCCACUGUGUGAGGAAGUAGUGACAAUGGGUAAUAGCACGUGGCCCUUGGUGUUAAGUCUUAUAGGUUACUAAAAUAGAAUAGAAAGGCAUCAUGGUAGAUUGUAUAAGGGGUAGAGUGGGGGCCAGGGCAAGGCAUGGUAUGCUCUCAGGGUGGACCUGACUCAUAAUCACAGUCUUCAGAGAUGGGUCAGUCCUCACCAAGUUUUCCAGGUCAUUCCUGGAAAGUGAACUGGGAAAAUGACAGAGAAAUCUGAAGGAUUCCUGUGUGCUCCUACAGUUGCAAAUAGUGCUUUGUGGAUGGAGUGUUGCGUUCGAACAACUGUAAGGGUGGGCAAAGCCUAGGAGGGAAGUCAGGAAUAAAAGCCCCUGGCAUGUACGUAUACCUUUUGCAGCUUAGACAAGGGAGGGUUCACACAAAGGCACAAAAAGCAGCCCUGGAGGCUUCAAAGAAUCAGUGUAAGCUACUAAGAGGAGCUGAAAACAGGUGUCAAAUAAGGAAUCUAUACACAGUCUCAUAUAGACUAAAACCUGAUCAUUAUCCAGGCUGUUAACUUUCAGAGAGUGGUAGAGUGAUUAUAAUUAUUUGGGUUUUGCUUGUGCUCUUUGUUUCUUUUGUUUUUUCUUCUGUCAAUGUAAUUAUUCAUAGUUGGUUUGUUUUUUAAGAGGAAUGGAUUUAUCCACUUUGACUAUAAAACAUCCGAGCCAUGUUAUGAUCUUAAUUUGAUAGGCGCUUUUUAUUUGGGAGAAUAAAAGAGACCAUUUUCUGCAA